AUGAGGAAAGGCAGGGAGAACGGGGAAGACAUCGAUGGUGAGGAUGACGAGGUGGGGCCGACGACCAGCGAGGGCGACGGAGACGAGACUCAGGAGCACGAGAGCGAUGGGGCCGAGGAAGACGUCGGGGAGGAGGAAGAUGCAGGCCAGCGCCAGCACUUGCGAGGGCUGCAGCGAGGCACGCCCCUGCGCGUCACGGCGGCGAACGUCGGGGACUCGCGCGCGGUGCUCUGCCGCGCGGGCGAGGCGUGGGAGGGCGUCGACACCAGCGGCUUGCCCACCACGGACAAGCAGCUGACUCUCCAGGCGUCGGCUUCUGAUCGGGCCCGCGUGUGGCGUGAUCCUACGGACGCAGCCCAGGACGUGAAGGCCAUAAUGACUAAGUGCCUUCAGGUGGCCCGCGGGUCGCCCUUGGUCUCCAUCGCGAUGUUGGAUGUGGACGCCGUGGUGCCGAAUACUGCUGCGAAAAAGGCGGGGGGUUUGCAGCCCACGGAGGCAACGCAGCUGCUCGUGGACAUUUUGAACGCUGUGGAGGUGGCUGGCACCUGGCCGUCGUGUUCGCGUGCAUUUCUGGGCGCCGCCAUCCCCAAGGCGUCGGGCGGCAACAGGUUGAUUGGCAUUGCGCCGACGUUGCAAAAGGUUUGGUCCAAGAUACGCACCAAGGCCACGGGGGGCGCGAAGUUUCGGAUGGCCGAGGACUUCGACGAGACCGCGGACGCCUUUGCCGCCGGGCUACGUCGUCUGCCGCUGCGGAUCUCGGACAAGACGAAGCUGGUCCUGAGCUCCGACGAGAUCGGGGUGGAGUUGGAGCGGCGCCCCGCCAAGGAGGGCAUCCUUUACCAGGGCGUUCGCGCCGCGGGCGGCCUCGGCUCGGGCAGCGCAGCUGGGCGCAAGAGGGCCACGGUGCGCAUCGUGAAGCGUCGGGCGGUGCGUGGCGUGACUGGCCCUGGCAUCGACUCGAGGAGGCAGUUGCUCAAGGAAUGGGUCGCCCUCUGGCUUGCGCAGCCAGCGCUGCAUCCCGGGAUCGUUAAGGCCGGUGGCCACGUGGCCGUCGUGGGGCCGUGCGAGCGGAUCGACGGCUGGGGCCUGAACUUGUCGCGUGCCCUGGGAGACUUCCAUUACAAGGCGCGCGCCGACCUGCCCCCGGAGGCGCAGAAGGUGUCUGCCUUCCCGGAGGUGGUGACCAUGGAGUUGACGCCCGAGGACGAGUUCCUGCUGCUCGGCUGCGACGGGGUCUUCGAGCUGCAGACGAACCAGAGCGCGGUCGACCUGGUCAGGAGCUCGCUGCAGUCAGGCAGAGCUGCCAGCGAGGCGGUGGAGGAUCUGGUGGACGCGUGCUGUAGCCACGACCUCUUCGAGACUCAGGGCAAGGGCAGCGACAACGUCAGCGCCUUGGUCGUCCUCCUGCGCUGA